AGUCACGUGUUGGGGGAAGCGGGAAGGUGUUGUUCUUCUUUCCCCGCCUCCCCCGUCCGCCAUGUUUUCUGGCCGGGUCAUCCUUGGUCUUUCCGCGUAAGGAAAUGGCCGGGGGGUUUCAGAGAACCCAGGCGCCGUUGCCUCGGAGGAGCCCGGGCUGACGAGGCAGGGCAGCGGGGUAAACCGGAGCAGUUCUGCGCGGGGUGGGGAGGCCAUGGCGUCCAGCAGUAACUGGCUGUCGGGGGUGAAUGUCGUGUUGGUGAUGGCCUACGGGAGCCUGGUGUUUGUGCUGCUGUUUAUUUUUGUGAAGAGGCAAAUCAUGCGCUUUGCAAUGAAAUCCCGAAGGGGACCUCACGUCCCUGUGGGACACAAUGCCCCCAAGAGACUUGAGGGAGCGAAAGAUAGAACCAUCAAUGAAGAAGGGGUGGCAUUGUGCUAUUAUUUAUUUAUCUCCUCAGAAAUCCCAUUUCAUGCUGAAGGCCGGCAUCCCCGUUCCUUAAUGGGCAAGAAUUUUCGCUCCUACCUGCUAGAUCUUCGAAACACUAGUACUCCUUUCAAGGGUGUGCGCAAGGCGCUCAUUGAUACCCUGCUGGAUGGCUAUGAGACAGCCCGCUAUGGGACUGGGGUCUUUGGCCAGAGAGAGUACCUGCGCUAUCAGGAGGCCCUGAGUGAGCUGGCCACAGUGGUCAAAGCACGAAGUGGGAACUCCCAGCGACAGCAUCAGUCAGCAGCCAAAGACCUAACCCAGUCUCCUGAAGUCUCCCCCACAACCAUCCAGGUGACAUACCUCCCCUCCAGCCAGAAGAGCAAGCGUGCCAAGCACUUCCUUGAAUUGAAGAGCUUUAAGGACAACUAUAACACGCUAGAGAGCACUCUGUGAUGGCACUCAAGCACUUGCUGUUAUGGAGCCAGAGAGACUGCACUGUGCUUGCUGGGUGCCCUCAGGUCAUCUGGAUCCGCAGGCCCAGACGGAUCAGCUGAAGCUCCCGGUCGUGUCCACAGCUCUUAGACCUCAUGCCUAGAGAAUCAUUCUCCAAACCUUCCUUAUGGCCACUUUCAAAACACCAGUUAAGACUUUAUUUUCCCUUGGUAGCACUUUUUUUCUGGAGUUGAAUUAAGAUGUUUUUCUUAAUGUUUCUGUCAGGACUUCCUUAAAAAUCCUCACUUGGUUUUGAUCAUCUGCCCCUUUCUAGACUAUAAUCCCAAGGGUGAGAGAGUUGGGGUGACAGCGAAGAAUGGUCAGACCAAUGCACUGGUCUGACUUUAUAAAUUAAUAAAAUGAACAGUUGAACAAUAAA